UUCUCUCAUUUCUACAGCUGAUUUCUCCGGUACGCACAAUACCAAAACACGAUAUAGAAACUGCGAAAAAGGUGGCAGGUUACUUCCCAACCGCUCGCCGUUCGUCGCGGUCAUUUGGACUUUCAAAUUGGAAAGUAGUUUAGCGAAACUGUUGGUUUUGUAUUCUGUGUGUGCGCCCUAAAAUGAAUAGCGUAACUCGUACGUUGCGGUCAAAAUGUUUAAACUCUGGAUGGCACAGGUCAUUCUCUGUUACGGUGCCCGAUAAUGCUACUCAUUCGUGUAAAUUGUUAGUGGUGGGAGGUGGUACCGGGGGCUGCACUAUCGCAGCCAAGUUCGCUCGGAGGCUCGGGAAGGAUGCCGUCAUUGUGCUGGAGCCAAGUUGCGACCACUACUACCAACCGCUCUGGACAUUAGUAGGCGCCGGUAUCACGAGCCUCGCCAGCACUCGGCGAAGCGCGUCCAGCGUUCUCCCGACCGGCGCGAAAUGGCUCCGCGACUCAGCAGUAUGCGUCGACCCUAAAGGCCAGCAGGUCACCACGAAGAGCGGCGACCAGAUCAAGUAUGAGUAUAUUGUGGUCGCUGUCGGGCUGCUGAAUGAUUAUGACAAGAUUCCGGGCUUUAGCGAAGCCCUAAAGCGUAAAGACAGUGGCGUCUCCACGAUAUUCUCCGCGGAUUACUGUGAGAAGACAUGGCGUGACUUGAAGGCGUUCAAAGGGGGCGAGGCGAUAUUCACUUAUCCAGACACACCUAUAAAAUGUCCCGGAGCGCCACAGAAAAUCGCGUAUCUGGCGGAUUCCUGGUUUAACAAGUCCAACGUCCGAUCAAAAACGAACAUAUCAUACAACACAUGCUUACCCGUCAUAUUUGGCGUGAAGAAAUACGCCGAAGUCCUUCUGAAGGUGGUGGAACGGAAAAACAUCAAGGUCAACUACACCACGGUACUGAAAGAGCUGAAUGUAGACAAGAAGGAAGGAGUAUUUUUCAGCACAAAGGAUAAGAGUAAGACAUUCGUCCAACGCUACGACAUGAUUCACGUCACACCCCCAAUGAAGACGCCGGAAUUCCUCCAAUGCAACAAGGACCUCACCGACGACAGCGGCUUCUUAACAGUCGACAAGUUCACUCUACAACACACCAAGUUCCCCAACAUGUACGGCAUUGGAGACUGUACUAACACGCCGAAUAGCAAAACUGCUGCUGCGAUAGCGAAACAGUGCUACGUCCUUGAGCACAACCUCUUAUCAACGAUGGCGAAAGACAACCCAAAGAAGAAGUACGACGGGUAUGGCGCCUGCCCGCUGGUGACGUCAUACAACACCUGCAUACUGGCUGAGUUCUUGUACGACGGCCUGCCUAGAGGUAGCAACGGAAAGUGUAAAUUGCUAAUAGUAGGGGGAGGAACGGGCGGCUGCAGUAUCGCAUGGAGGUUCGCUAACAAACUGAAAAGCAAUGAAAUUUGUGUUAUAGACCCAGCAGAAUUCCACUACUACCAACCGCUAUUCCCCCUGGUGGCGGCUGGCAUCAAGGAGAUCGACCAAAGCAAGAAGCCUCUGCGCUCAGUGCUGCCACCCGGCGUAUGUUGCAUCAAAGACCACGCGCAGUGUUUCGAGCCGUGCAGCAAUGUUGUCCAUACGCAUGGUGGGGACGAGAUCUAUUAUGAGUACCUCGUCGUUGCUAUGGGGCUUAUUAAUGACUAUUAUAAGAUAAACGGUCUAAAGGCAGCGCUAGACGAUCCCUGCAGCUGCGUCACCACUAUAUACUCCCCAGAGCACUGCCAAAAGACGUGGGCAGCCAUUCAGCGUACGCGCGGUGGUCAUGCCAUAUUCACGUUUCCGUCCGAUGGUGCCAAGUGCUCUGGGGCGGCGCAGAAGAUCAUGUACCUUGCUGAUGACUACUUUAGAAAGAACAAAAUCCGUGACCUUCUGAACAUAACCUACAACACUGGAUCGGACGCUAUAUUUGGCGUCCCAAAGUACGCCAGAGCACUGGAACGCGUAGCCAGUGCGCGCGCCGUGGCUGUCAACACUUGCUGCGAGUUGGUGGAAGUUACGCCGAAGCACGCUGUGUUUGUGAACGCGUAUGGAAUGCCCAUAACGCUGCCAUACAACUUCCUCCACGUGACGCCUCCCAUGUCGCCACCGACCGCCCUGGCUCAGUCCCAACUCGCAGACGAAUCCGGCCACCUUGAUGUAGAUCCAUAUACCCUGCAGCAUCGCCAGUUCAGCAAUGUAUACGGGUUGGGAGACUGCACUAAUACGCCUAACAGCAAGACAGCUGCUGCUGUGGCCCGCCAAAGUCACGUGGUAGAACAAAACCUAUCGGCCACCAUGCAAGGCCGAGAGCCUGCCGCCAAAUACGACGGCUACGGCGCUUGCGCGAUGAUGACGUCAUACCGCACCGGCAUCCUGGCAGAGUUCCGCUACGAUAAGGAGCCGUGCGAGACGUUCCCGUUUGACCAGAGUAAAGAGCGAAAACUGUUUUACUACUUGAAACGAGACUAUUUCCCGUAUCUCUAUUGGAAUAAGAUUAUCAAAGGAAAAUGGAACGGACCCAGAAAAUUACCCAGAUUGAAUAACCCAUUUCGGAAGAAGAAAUAAAACCAAUAUUUUCAUGUAGUUUUAUUGAUUUUGUCAGAAAUAUUGUCAUAAUCUAGUUACUUACAAAAAGUUUCAAAGUAUUGUAAUUUGCUUCAAAAUAAUGUAGGUAGUAUAAAUAUUACAUCUUAUUACUUUGGUGUUCAUUAGCUUAUUCUAUUUUUUUAACAUAAAAUCAUUUUAUUUAAUUUCAUUUUAUAUUAGCUU